AUGGCGCCGCAAUUAAUGACGAGCGCGAUGGUAUACAUCCACGGCGGCGAACGUGAUCCUAUUAAGUGCCGUGCCUUACUGGAUACGUGCGCGACGGCUAACUUCAUAACAGAGCGCGUUGUGCGACGUUUGAACCUACCCGUAAAGGUACAUUCGUCGCCGAUUGGCGCGAUUAACGCAAUGAAUACCGUUUCGAAGGGUGUAGUACGCGUCGCGAUACAAUCGACGCAUGAUAGUUUUUACAAGGAGCUCACGUGUCUAACUAUUCCGGCCAUCGCGGAUUUAAUACCGUCCGAGGUUUUCCCUCGAAAUUCAGUCGACAUACCCGCAAAUAUCAGAUUGGCAGACUCCGAUUUUCAUAUACCGCGUCCGGUCGAGUUAUUAAUUGGUGCCGGAGCCACAUUAUCGCUAUUCUCCAUAGGGCAGAUUAAUCUGUCGCGAGCAGGACGUGACUUGUAUCUGCAGAAAACACGACUAGGUUGGGUACUUGCUGGAGAAACGACCGCGCGUAUACAGUCAAGAUUAGAAAUGUGUGGUAUGACAAAAUUGGAAAAUCAGUUAGAUAAAUUCUGGGCAAUCGAGGAAGUCGCGACGGAUAGAUCAAGCACGAGAACGGAAGUUGGAUGCGAGGCGCAUUUUAUAAAAAACGUUUCCCGGGAUGAUAGCGGGCGUUAUACGGAUCCCUCCGAUGAUGGAUAUUAUUUACCUCACCACGCGGUGAUCAAGGAUACGAGCAGUACCACCAAGGUGCGAAUCGUAUUCGACGCGUCCACUAAAUCGAGUACCGGCGUGUCUUUGAACGACGUAGUGAUGGUAGGUCCGUUAAUACAGGUCAAAUUAUUUACACAUUUAAUCAGAUUCCGUGCAUAUAAAUAUGUCAUCACCGCGGAUAUUGAAAAAAUGUAUUUGCAAAUAAGAUUGCACGAAGACGAUCGGCGUUACCAACGACUGCUAUGGCGACGAAAUGACAAGAUAGAGACUUUGCAAUUUAAUACUCUUACGUUCGGCGUCUCGUCUUCGUCCUUUCUUGCGAUCCGAACUUUGCAUAAAUUAGCGGACGAUGAACACGAGAUAUAUCUUAAGGCAGCUGAAAUUCUUAAGUCCCAUCUGUACGUAGAUGACCUUUUAACCGGAGCCGAUAGCGUUGAAGAAGUCCGAGCAAUUAGAGAGGAAAUAAUUGCGCUGCUCGCAAGGGGCGGUUUCGCGAUCAGGCAAUGGGCAUCCAACGAUGAGCGUUGCGUAAACGAUCUCGCGGUCGGCGCGCUUCACACGAAAUUCACAUUCGGCGGGGAUCGCUCCUUAAGAACACUUGGCGUAGUGUGGUGCGCGCGGAACGAUGAAAUAUGCUAUUCCAUACGGCCAAUCAAAAUCGCGAAAAAAUUAACAAAACGGAGCAUAUUAUCGGAAAUAGCGAGGAUAUUCGACCCUUUGGGCUUGUUGGGUCCCGUCGUAUUAUAUGCCAAAAAAUUGAUGCAAGACGUAUGGAAAUGCAAAUUGGAUUGGGACGAGUCCGUACCGCAAAGCGUAUACACCGAAUGGCUGGAUUUUGUUGGACAACUCGAGACAAUAGAUCAAAUAUCAAUCGAUCGAAGAUUCUUGAUCGACAAUUAUCAAGGCAUUCAAGUCCACGGAUUUUGUGAUGCUAGCGGCGUUGCAUACGGCGCGUGUCUGUAUAUACGCUCGGCGGGAAAGGACGGCAAUGUGGUCAUUAAAUUAUUGUGCGCCAAAUCACGCGUCGCGCCGUUAAAGGUUAUCACCAUACCUCGUCUCGAACUUUGCGGCGCGUUACUAUUGGCCCGAUUGUAUAGUGAAAUACAAAGGCUUACGGAUCCGAAGAAAUGGCGGCAUGUCAGAUCAGAGGACAAUCCCGCCGACGCGAUAUCGCGAGGUCAGCUACCUCAUGCAUUUUCAAAAAAUCGGACGUGGUUUUCCGGACCGGCGUGGUUACGAGAGGGCGAAAACGAUUGGCCUAACGAACUUAUACAUAUGAACGAGACACUCGAGUUAAAAAGAAAUGUUUGUUUGUUGACCGCGCAUUGCGACUCUGAAAUGUUCGAAAGAUACUCUUCGCAUUCGAAACUACUCAGGGUUAUUGCAUAUUGUUUGAGAUUUCUACCUAACAAUAAACACACCGGUUCGUUGUGUUCGAGUGAAAUAGACGAGGCGGAAACGCGAAUAUUGCGAAUCAUGCAGGCCGAUCGAUUUUGCUCCGAGAUUAAGGAACUCAAGAGCGGAUGUUCCGUGAGCAAGGGCAGAAUCGCGAAUUUGAAUCCAUUUUUGGACGACCGCGGCUUGAUUCGCGUAGGAGGACGUCUCCAAAGGGCAGAUUUGUCAUUCUCACGUAAGCAUCCGAUUUUGAUUCAUAGCCGACACAAGUUAACCGAUCGUAUCAUUCGCGAGACUCACGAGGUGCAUCAUCACGCGGGCAUUCAAACGACGCUGUACACUUUGCGUCAAAAAUACUGGUUAGUCGACGGGCGCAAUCAAGUACGAAAAAUCGUGCGUGCGUGUGUUCGAUGCUUUCGAUUCGAGGCUAAGGCAAUCGAAUAUAGAAUGGGGAAUCUGCCGGCGGCUCGUGUGCGCGAGGCAAUACCUUUUGCGAAUACCGGAAUAGAUUUUUGCGGGCCAUUCUAUAUCAAGGAAAAGAAAUACCGUAAUCGAGCACGAGUCAAGGUGUACGUAUGCGUUUUCAUAUGCAUGUCCGUGAAGGCGAUGCACCUCGAGAUCGUGAGCGACUUAUCAACGGACGGAUUUCUUGCAGCGCUGCGACGGUUCGCAGCGAGACGAGGACUACCGCAGCACGUCUAUUCCGAUAACGGGACUAAUUUUAUAGGGGCGAAUAAUCAACUAAAAGAGUUAUACGUCUUAAUUAAUUCUGAUGAGCAUAGAGAACGCGUGAGCAGAUUCGCAAGCGAUCAUCGCGUAACAUGGCAUUUCAUUCCGCCGGCGGCGCCGCAUUUCGGGGGUCUGUGGGAAUCCAGCGUAAAACUAUUUAAGCAUCACUUUAAGCGCGUAGUAGGAGAUUCUUUAUUUACUUUCGAAGAAUUAAAUACUCUUGUCGUCGAAAUAGAAGGCGUUCUGAAUUCCCGACCGAUCACUUUCCUUUCUUCCGAUCCGAACGACUUACUGGUACUGUCGCCGGUUCAUUAUUUGAUCGGUAAACCUCUGACGGCCCUCGCGGAGGGCGACCUGUCGUCUGUUCCAGCCAACCAAUUGUCAACAUGGCAGCACAUUAAGAAGGUGCGGCAAGACUUCUGGGCGCGCUGGAGUCUUGAAUAUUUGAACGAGCUCCAGACGCGCAACAAAUGGAUCAGAGAGGGACCAAGGCUUGACGUCGGAACCAUCGUUCUCAUCAAAGACAAGGGUGCGCCAUGUACUCGAUGGGCGAUGGGCAAGGUAAUAAUGGUCCACCCUGGCGAAGACGGAGUGGUGCGGACAGCGACUGUGAAAACUCCGGCCGGGCAAAUAAAAAGAGCGGCCAAUCAUUUGUGCCCCCUGCCGAUCGAGCAGUAG